AUGGACUCAUUUAUCGAUAAUAUAGGUACCAGUCAAGGCUUGCUGGAACAGAGUUCACAGCUGAAAGAGUAUUCAAGACGAACACAGGUGAAUGAUUUCGAAUCGCUGCGCAAACUGAGCAAAUGGGGCCACGAGCUGCAAUGUCAGCCUUAUAACUCACAACUACACAGUGUGACGGUGUGUGUGGCCAAUAUACUACUGAAAAGCGCUGAUUUUCGCAUUCAGACGUUGCAGGAAGAUCUGGACCUUGUGCGGGACAUACAGACCAGAUUGCUACAAGAUUCUCAGCAACCGACGUUUGAAAGAGAAUGGGAAGUGCCGUUAUGGCGUGUGCUCUUUCUGCUAACCCACAGCGCUUGGAAUCCUCCCAAUGGUAACAUAUUCGACAGAAAGCUUGCGCUCGUCAAGUUUGCGCAUCUUGUGGACCUUUUGGACACGGAAGAAGCUCAUGGCCACUAUUUGUCGGUGGUGCUCGAAGAAAUGGGAAAAUUUUGGUACGCUUUGAGCUACAAUUAUGGAGUGCAGACUAACACUUACAACCGCACAUUUUGGAGCACUUUAAAACAGUUGAACCACGUCUUGCGUAGAGAUCAAGGCCAACUGCUGUCCCAAUACUCAGGAGCAUUGCUGCAGUUGUGCUCGCUGCUGCUUUUGGCACCCGAAAACCAAAAAAUGCUCGCCACUCUCGAUAUGGUUUUGAACCUAGUUCUCAUCCUGAAGCGUAGCAUCGUCCUGUGGCAACAGGAAGCAGCACAACAACUGUACUCGUCCCUGUCUGACUACAAGAUCCCACAGAUACUGCAUGUUCUGCACAUCUACCUGUUGAGAUCACCCACCAAAGUUCGCGACCGUCUCGAACCUUGCAUCACAGGCCAUCCAGAGGCACCCGUGAAUCUCAAGUUCCAGAUCGUAGCAUUGUACAAAUCGCCCAUUUCCGGGUCAGAUAUUCGCGACAUUUUAGAUGCUAUCCUACACACGCUGAACUUGCAAUUUUGUGCAGCAACAACAGAAGGUCCUGAAGAAAUCUUACCGGUUGUGCGACCAGCCGCACCUACGAGAAUUAGUGACUCCACUGAAACCAUCAUUGGAACUGAUGUCAAACCAAAGUCUAACUUGUGGCAACAACCGAAUAUGUCGUGCACGUCGGUGAAUACGGCUUGCACCGGUCAUUCUGCAGAUUCCAACGAUUCGUGGACCGAAGAGGACCGAAUAGAAGAGGCCGAACGAAUCAUGGCCGCGAUACGAAGGCUUGAUCAGUUAGGCGUAAUCACUACAAACCUGCCGGCAUGA